GCUGCUGCUGCCUGCAACAGGCACCUGCCCUUCGAUCUCCACGGAGACUCGCAGAGGUUCGUGGUGGUGAUUCCAGGAUCUCGAUGUGCGCCGCUUCUGCGUCUUCCAGUCUUGUUUGCAGCCACGCGAGCGUCAGAGAAUUCUGCUGAAUUGCUUGCUUCUUGUUGACGCGAGGAUCCAGUUUUCGCUCGAGAGCGUUUCCGAAUUCUUGAUUUUUUUAGGUUUGGAGUUAUUUUCACAAUGUUUUACGCUGGAAUUACUUCAGGAAGGAUUCAUUUGCCAGGUGUACAGUAAUCUAUAGGCGUCACACAUUUGUCAUUCUUUCGUGCUGAGCGCUGUGAUGACGAUUUUCGAGAACGGAGCAGCUUCCAGCAGAUGUUGACAACCUGAUCGUGACAAUAGCGUAGGCUCGAUGGGGUUGCGAGUAAAUUCCGGUGAGGUGGACGAAGCCCAGUUGCGUUCAGCGAUGGCGAACGAAGUUCCAGAGUUGGGGCCAUCUUCGGAGCCCCUGCCUCGCAAAGCCAUCGUGUGUUAUGGUACAGGUCACAUGCUCAAUGACCUCACAGCAGCUUGCUGGUUCACGUAUCUUUUGAUCUUCCUCACGGACAUUGGGCUUUCGCCUCGGGAAGCUGCGACGGUGAUGCUUUCAGGUCAGAUAGCUGACGCCAUUGCUACCGUUGUUGUGGGCCAAAUGAUCGACACCUUUGGUCACUUCAAGAUCUGGCACGCUGGAGGGUCACUCCUCGUGGCCGUUUCCUUUUCUUCCGUGUUCGGGGGAUGCAUGGCGUGUGCCUUGCUCGGUAACAACUACGCCGUUGCUCACACUAUUGGUUACAGCGCAUUUGCAGCUAUCUUCAACGUCGGAUGGGCUGCCACACAAGUUUCUCAUAUGUCCUUGGUGAACUGUAUUACUUCAAACCAAAGCAGCCAAGUUUCCCUCAACAGCUGCAGAAAUGCAUUCACAAUGGCUGCAAAUCUCGGGUUGUACGUGAUCGCGUAUUUGGUGUUCCGAAUCCUGCCAUCUAAGCAAGUCUGUGAUGUUGAGACUCAGUUCAAAUGGAUAGCAGGGUCCGCCAUCGCUGUGGGAAUAUGCUUUGUGGUAGUGUUUCAAAUUGGAGUGAAAGAACCAAGUCUUUCGCAUCACAAGGAGGGUAGCCAGGAAUGCAAUUCCAGAACAAGCUUCAAAGUCUGGUUCGGAAAGUUGCUCUACUAUCAAGUCGCGGCUGUCUACAUGCUCACGCGGCUCACCACUAACGUCUCGCAGGCGCUUUUGCCUUUCUACCUCAUUGAUGAUCUUCUCAUGGAAGAAUCGUCCAAGGCUGUGGUGCCUGCCUUGAUAUACGCGUGCAGCUUCUUAGCUUCUAUUGUCUUACAGGAGUUGCGAUGGACAAGCUUUCAGCUCAAGUCUGUGUUCACGAUGGGAGCUGCCCUGUGGGUGUUGUCCGGCGCCACUUUCCUACUUCUUCCGCAGUCUCUACACGGGCCGGUCUAUGUUCUCGCAGUUCUUAUCGGCGUAGGAAAUGCUUUCAUGCUGGUGACUGCGACGAGUAUGGAAGGGGUCUUGGUGAGCACCAAUCUCAGCGGCUGUGGAUUUGUCUAUGGCUCUCUCAGCUUCUUGGACAAAUUCGCAUGUGGCAUUGCUCUCUACUUGAUUGAAGGCAUGAAUGUUCAAACGCGGUUUUGUCCAACCGCGAAUGUUAUGGGACAGAGCUUGUUGAGCUUUCCUCCGAUCUGCCACUACUCUCUGAUCCGUGUGGCGCUGGCGCUCGUUCCAAGCGGAUGUGCCUUCCUCGCAUGGAUCAUCACCACUACCAUGAAGUUUGAUGACUCCACCCUAGAAAAUUCUAGAACCACAUUAGAUGAUUCUCUCGCCUCUUUACAGACACCGCUAUUGCACGCUACCCCAGCUGCAGAAGAAUCUGACGUCACCCACAUGAAGAGGUUGCAGGGAGGCAACUCGUCGACUCCAUGUUCAAUUAGAGAACGAAGAAAGAGUGCUGACAGCCACGGAAUAACCGAUUUGGGGUCACCUGGUGACGACCUGGUAGAUUCCGGAAUUGAAAGUAAAGAAGUAACAUCACGGAUGCAAGACGAAGAGGCACCUUCUGUAUGGAAAAUGCUGGGGCACGCUAUGGUUGGACGUUGGGGCUCCAUCCGCCCUGCCCAGCUGCCUUUCUUACAGUAAUCCACCCACACCAAUCUCCUCCAUCUCAUCGAAUUAGGUUCGUUGCACACCACAAUUUUACAAAUGAAGUUGUGGAUCGGAAACCCGCUUCACUUCCGCAAGCGUGGUGACAUACAUCCGGUGGUCCAGAAUCCAAUUCUAUACAUUCUUUUCUAGCAUUGAUUAUUAUAACUAGACUUGCCCGUAUGUAGACCAAUUCCUCAACUGCUGAACACGCUUAGAUGGCUUCAUCGUUUUGAAGCUUGUGAGUAGUCGCUCUUGUAUAGGAUGCGGAUAUUCCUUCAGGGUACCAUCUCGUUACCACUGUUUAUGUAUUCAUAAAAUCCACAUCUUGUAGAUUCAUGUGAAUAUGAAAUACUUGCAAAGCUUUCCAAUUC